CUCCCCCUCUACUAGUCAAACGUCAAACAACGUUUUCGCGUGCGGUCGUUUGUUUGGUGUAGUCUGUUUGCAACGUUUCGUAAGAUUUUACAGCAAACGUCAACUAAAGUGAUAUAAGAUUGCGAGCGUGUGUUCAGUGAUAUUUAAGGUCAUUAAAUAAUACAUGAAAAUGUCUUUCAACACCGACAUAUCGACUACAUUGGAGAACAGCAGAAAUACUCUAAGGAAAAUUGCCAGAAAUGACAACACUGAGUUUUCAAAACAGAGUGUCUUAAAUGACAUGGAAAAGUUUGUAAAAAUGGUCACCACCAUGGACGAGACUGUGUUAGUGCCCAGUCGCUUGAUGAAUUUGCCACAAGAGGGAGAUGAUGACCCAUUCAACCUAUAUUCUAUGUUGAAUGAUUUGAAGACUGAAUUACUCUGGGCUGGUGAAGAAACGACCGAACGUGGCCGUCGUAUAUCAGACUUCAGUGACACUGAGAGUGAUGCAUCUAGUGCCGCUGGGGAUUCUGGUAUUGACGGUGAAGAUGAAAGGGAGUCCGCUGCUCGGGCCGCCGCUGCCUGUCGCCGUCAUCUCAGGGGACUGCGUCGCUGUCUCCGCCAUUUAACGGCCGCAGCUGUACAUCUGACGAGGUCGUAUCAGGAAGAAGUCGGUGCCCCCGUUUGAAAUGUGUAAACCUGUGAUUAAUGCUUAUCCCUCGCGUGUGUACAUAUAGCAUAAGUGGCCCGAGUUGUAAAUAUAGGUUAUAGGACCGGGCAUGUAUGGGAAACUCAGUAAGUUAUGUGGUUAUUUAAAUAAAUUCAAAUUUAAUUA